UGGACAGUGUAAUAAUCUCCAAUGCACACUCAUUCACUGCAUGCCACAAAUAUCUUACCACAAAUCUCGUAUAAAUUGACCCCCAAAACCCUAUCAAGAAUUGCACAAUCCCAAAAUUCAAACCACACUUCACUAUACCAACAUUGUAAUAUUAUUCCACAAUGUCCCUUCCGUACAUCCUCCUCAUCGCCGCCCUAUUCACCGCCGCCGCCGCCGACGACUUCUGCGUCGGAGACCUGAGCCUCCCGGCCUCCCCGGCCGGCUACGCCUGCAAGAAGCCCGCCACCGUCACCGUCAACGACUUCGUCUACCACGGCCUGGCCGCCGCCGGGAACACCUCAAAUCUCAUCAAGGCCGCCGUGACGCCGGCCCUCUCUGCCCAGUUCCCCGGCGUCAACGGGCUGGGACUUUCCCUGGCGCGGCUGGACCUGGCGGUCGGCGGCGUCAUCCCCCUCCACACCCACCCGGGGGGGUCGGAGGCCCUGGUGGUGGUCCAGGGAACCAUCUGCGCAGGAUUCAUAACCUCGUUCUCGAACAAGGUGUACGUGGCGACGCUGAACAAGGGCGACGCCAUGGUGUUCCCGCAGGGGCUCCUCCAUUUUCAGAUAAACUCCGGCGGGGGGCCGGCGCUGGCGUUUGUGAGCUUCAGCAGCCCCAGCCCCGGCCUGCAGAUAACGGAUUUCGCGCUGUUCGCCAACGAUUUUCCGACGGAUCUGGUGGCGAAGGUCACCUUCCUCGACGUGGCGCAGAUCAAGAAGCUCAAGGGAGUUCUUGGCGGGACCAAUUAACUGAUGAAGAAUUGGGUGUCUAGCUCUAGCUAGUAAUUGAAUUAGGGUUUCUUGUUCUGGCAUGCAUUAUUGAUUUUUACUGCAUUCUUAGGUCUUCCUGCAUGUUUUCGACAUCUUCCUGUUCUUCUUCUUCUUGUUGAGUUUUGAUUUAAUUUCCAGUUUCAUCGACGACGAGUAGUGUCAGUAUGGUUCCUUACGUUGGAUUGCGUGUAAUAAUUGUUUGACUUAAAUUCAAUUUUGUCUGUCUCCA